GUUUAGAGACUAGACUAACCCCUAGUCACUACAGCAUUUCUCAGACCUUGUUUCAUCAUCAAUGGCGGCUACAAACUUCUUCUCCUACUCCCCAACCCUCCCCAAAACCCUAAAAUCCCCUAUAAACCAAAGCCCAUUUUCCCAAAUUCCAAUUGUACCUCUCAAACCCACCCCAAGACUUCUCUCCCUCAGAGCCGUCCUCUCCCCAAACCCCACCAAAACCUCAACUCAGACCACCCCAAUUCACCACUGUUUCUCCAAAUCUUCAGAUGGAUUUCUCCACUGUGAGGGCCUCAAGGUCCAGGACGUUAUGGAAUCCGUGGAAAGGAGGCCUUUUUAUCUCUACAGCAAGCCCCAGAUUACCAGGAAUGUCGUGGCCUACAAGGAGGCAUUGGAGGGGCUGAGUUCCAUUAUUGGAUACGCCAUCAAAGCCAACAAUAACUUGAAGAUUUUGGAGCAUUUGAGACAGCUUGGUUGCGGUGCCGUGCUCGUUAGUGGCAAUGAGCUGAGGCUCGCUCUCCGUGCCGGUUUUGAUCCCACCAAGUGUAUUUUUAAUGGGAACGGGAAACUCUUGGAGGAUUUGGUAUUAGCUGCCGAAAAGGGUGUCUUUGUUAAUGUUGAUAGUGAGUUUGACUUGGAGAAUAUUGUGGCAGCUGCAAGAAUUGCGGGCAAGAAGGUCAAUGUUUUACUUCGGAUCAACCCGGAUGUGGAUCCUCAGGUCCAUCCUUAUGUUGCCACCGGGAAUAAGAACUCCAAAUUUGGUAUUAGAAAUGAGAAGCUGCAAUGGUUCUUGGAUGCUGUAAAGGAACAUCCUAAUGAGCUGAAGCUUGCGGGAGCUCAUUGCCAUCUUGGGUCUACCAUCACCAAGGUGGACAUAUUCAGGGAUGCUGCGGUUCUUAUGGUCAACUACAUUGACCAAAUCCGAGCUCAAGGAUUCGAAGUUGAUUACUUAAAUAUUGGAGGUGGUCUUGGUAUAGAUUAUUAUCAUUCUGGUGCCGUCCUUCCCACACCCAGAGAUCUUAUUGAUACUGUUCGAGACCUGGUGCUUUCACGCAAUCUUAAACUCAUCAUUGAGCCUGGGAGAUCAUUGAUUGCAAAUACCUGCUGCUUGGUUAAUCGGGUAACUGGAGUCAAAACUAAUGGAACAAAAAACUUUGUUGUGAUUGAUGGCAGCAUGGCUGAACUUAUCCGUCCUAGUCUAUAUGAUGCUUAUCAACACAUAGAGCUGGUUUCUCCUGCACCUCCUGAUGCUGAGAUCUCAACUUUUGAUGUGGUGGGCCCUGUAUGUGAGUCAGCAGAUUUCCUGGGAAAGGAUAGGGAACUUCAAACUCCAGCCAAAGGAGCUGGUCUGGUUGUUCAUGAUGCUGGUGCUUACUGCAUGAGCAUGGCAUCAACUUAUAAUCUUAAGAUGCGCCCUCCAGAGUACUGGGUUGAAGAAGAUGGGUCGGUGUCAAAAAUCCGGCAUGGCGAAACAUUUGAAGACCAUAUAAGAUUCUUUGAAGGGCUUUGAAUGGCACCAUUGGUUGUCUGUAGCAGUAGGCUAAGAUUCCUCUGAUUUGCUCUUAAUGCGUGGUCUUCAUUAUUCGAGACUAGAUGUUGUGAAUUUAAAUGUUGAUUUGCAGCUGCAGAUUAUGUUCACUUCAGCUUUAUUUGUCAAUCUUGAGAUGAAUCAUGAAUGAAUUAUAAUAUCAACAAUCAAUAUAUAUAUAUAUAUAUAUAUAUAUAUAUAUAUGACAAGAAAUCAGAUUGAGAAGCAUUGAGAUGCAUGUUUGCUCCUUGC